AUGGCCAAACGUUUCAAGCUUCGAAUUAGCCGAGCAAUCGCCGCCACCCUCCAAUCGUGCCGCUCCAAAGACCCUUCCAAUCUCCCGGAAAAUCCCAUCCCUUCACUACCCAAGUCGCUCACCACCGCAAUCUUCCGAAAUCCCACCCGCCGCCUCCCCUCCGCCGCCUUCAUAUCCAUCGGUGCCGCCGCUUGCGAUACCGGCGACGACAGGCACCGGGAAUUCAAGUGGCGGAAGGAGGAAGAGUGGCACGUCUUCGCCAGUAUCUGCGAGGAGCAGCCCCUGCCCCGUCUGAAAAUUUGCAGCUCCCCUGAAGACGGCCCGCAGUCGCCGCCGCCGCCGCCGCCGCCGCCGCCGGAGCGCAGAGGGCGAGGCGGAAAGAAGAAUCCGGUGGCGAGGAGGAGGAAGAAGAAGAACAAGAAGAAGGUGAAGCACAGCAGGAUCCGUGCGAGCACCUCCUCUGCCGACAGCUCGUGGUUCAGCAGCGAAAUCGCCGCAGCCGGCGAAAGGGACGACGAGGAGGAGACGGAAACGCUGGUCUCGACUUUCUCGACGGACUCCUCCGUCAGCACCGGGAGGAGGGACAGGAAGCGGCGGGGCCCCAAGCGCGGGAGGCGGGCCGCGGCGGCGGAGGCGGAGAUACCGGCGAGGCUGUCUGUGUUGAAGAGGCUGAUACCGUGCACGGUGGAGGGGAAGGUGAAGGAGAGCUUCGCGGUGGUGAAGAGGUCGGCGGACCCAUACGAGGAUUUCAAGAGCUCGAUGAUGGACAUGAUUCUGGAGAAGCAGAUGUUCGACCCCACAGAUUUAGAACAGCUCUUGGAGUGUUUUUUGUCCUUGAAUUCCCGGCGUUACCAUUGGGUUAUCGUUCAAGCUUUUUCCGAGAUUUGGGAGGCGCUCUUCGCUGAAUUUCCGGUUCAGGAUGGCCGCCGGAGGUCUAACGCUAGUUUCCGUAUGGCUUAA